AUGAGGUACAUGCGCCAACAGUGGUUGGUCGAUUGAAAAAAUAUGAUCUCUUCAAAUUCGUGUUGAACAAUAAUAGCCAGAGUAGAGUGACAUGCUUAGUCUGGGGAACACCAAUAAUUAAAAAACAUGUCGACUCCAUUGCUAUUGAUAAUAUUGUACACAUUGAAUCUGCCACAAGUAAGUCUGUGGCGCAAGAACAGAUGAAAAAUAACUUGAUUGGGAUGGAGUUAUUGAUAAAGGACGAUACUAUUGUAACUGUACUAGGAAAACAUACUGCCCCUACCCCUGACUUAAUUAUCCCAACUGAAUUUACAACUGUACAAUUUGCAGAGACUGGAAAAUCUCAGGAAAUCAUAAGUGUUGAAGGACACAUCAAGAUUAAGUUCUACAAGCCUGAGGCUAAAUUCAAUACUGAAGUUGGGGGCGUUGGCUGCAUAACUGAUGGCCAGUACAAAGUCACCAUAAACAUUUCAAAUUACCAAGGAUUGAAUUUUGAAAAAGGUGUUUGUGUGAAGGUCAUAGGAACAGUGGAUACCAGUGGAGCAGGACCAGUAUCCAUAAAAUGCAUAAAUGACUUGUGUGUGACUGAAGUUGAAGGCGCUCCCAAAAUGUCUGCUGCGGAUGUCUCUCGCGGAAACAAGACACCUAAGAGAGGACGCGAUUAGUCAUAUGUCAUCAUUAAUUCACUACCAUACUUAUUUAUUUGCAUCAGAUAGCUUUUCCAUUUUUUGUGCCUCCUUUUUUUGCUAAAUAUUCCUCUAUAUAAACUCGAAGUAUUGAUGUAUUAUACUGCGAUAUGGUAUAAUGAGGCGAUAAGGGAAAGUAAAAGUCUAAUGUACGAGAGCAGUAUUGUUUGAAAUAAGGGUAUUUAUAUACUUUUUUACUUUAAACUUCGAACUAAAUGAAUAGUGAUAUUACUUGGUAAAAAUGUUGAAAGUAAAUUUUAUGCCUAACGUCAUAAGUAAACAUGCAUACACUAUUUAAUAUGUUUAUGUAAUAUGUUCUGAUACAUUGUUCAUAAGUAUAUAUAGAUAAUAUAUAUUUAUUUGAAAAAUAGCAUAUAGACGUAUGUAUAGCAUUUGAAGCAUUGCUUAUUUUAAAUUAAUGUAAUAACAGAACUGUUUUAUUUAAUGACUGACCAGUAAUAUAAUAGUUUUAUGCAAAGUUCCUAUCUAAAUAUAAAAGUUCAAUACAUACUUUGAGUAAACAUGGAAAGUGAGAAUAAUAUAGAGUAAUUUUUAGAAUACGAAAUGUAAUACUUUUGUAAAUUUAGUAUUCUUAUGAGUAAAUGUGUUUGUUUACGAUGUUUGCGAAUAGCAGUAGUUGGAAAUAGUACAUAUAGCCAGUCACAUGUUCCUAUAAGGCUAUCCAAAUAAUAUUUUUACAUUGUAAAAAUCGAGGCGAAAAAGAUUUUGUAAGGUGAUAUAAUCACUUAAAAUUUCUAUAUGUUAUGUUCGAAUAAUUAUGUAACAACUGUUUUGAUAACAUUUUAAUAUACUUGUACGAUGUAAAAUUUUGUAAAAGGAGAUACUAUUCAAUAAAAAUUUU